GCAGGCUGCGGGGGUCCCCGUGCUGAGCUCCCAUUGGCUGUCGCUGUCCCCGCGGGCCGGUGCUGGCUCCCCUCACUCCGGGGAGGGAAGGACUAAAGAUGGCGAAGACGUACGACUACCUGUUCAAACUGCUGCUGAUCGGCGACAGCGGGGUGGGCAAGACCUGCCUGCUCUUCAGGUUCAGCGAGGACGCCUUCAACACCACCUUCAUCUCCACCAUCGGCAUUGACUUCAAGAUUCGCACCAUAGAGCUAGAUGGAAAGAAGAUUAAACUUCAGAUAUGGGACACUGCAGGACAGGAGAGAUUUCGUACAAUCACUACAGCAUAUUACAGAGGCGCUAUGGGCAUUAUGCUGGUGUACGAUAUUACCAAUGAAAAAUCUUUCGACAAUAUAAAAAAUUGGAUAAGAAACAUUGAAGAACAUGCCUCCUCUGAUGUGGAGCGGAUGAUCCUGGGCAAUAAAUGUGACAUGAAUGACAAGAGACAAGUAUCGCGAGAGAGAGGAGAAAAGCUUGCCAUCGAUUAUGGGAUAAAAUUCCUUGAAACCAGCGCAAAAUCCAGCAUCAAUGUUGAAGAGGCAUUUUUCACUCUUGGAAGGGACAUCAUGACAAAACUUAACAGAAAAAUGAAUGAAAGCAACUCUCCUGGUGGAGGGGGGCCUGUGAAAAUCACUGAGAAGUCCUCCAAGAAAAGUAGUUUCUUCCGUUGCGUGUUGCUUUGAUGAACUGAAACACGAGCGAGAGCGAAAGAGAUGAACUGCGGUACACGUGACGUGGCGGCGUUCAGCCAACCACAGGUGCUGCAAAGGUCUCUAGGGGAAAACAAUCCAACGUUGUUUGCUGAAAGCACCAGAUAUGAGACAGAUUCAGACACGGAUUUCUGGAGUGGAAGAUUAAAGUGGAAAGUUGAGGUUCUUAUUUUUUUUAACUCUUUUUCUUCACUGUUUUCGAAAGAAAAACACCGGAACAAGCAGACAAGACCCUCCCCCGCCCAACCUACUUUUGUUCACCUUCUGUCUGUUUUGUUGUUCUGUAUUUUCCACACAGUCAUCCUGUCCCUCUAGGCCCAGAUGCCCAAUCGCAGGUGUCAAAGACUAAACAAACCAAUGGCUUCACAACUUUUUGUAUGUUUUAAAUUUCUAACUUCUGAAGCAUCUUAACUUGUUUAUUUGGCUUCGUAUUUUAAGUAUUGGUUGUCUAAAAGACGCAAGGCUGGCCUUACUUGGUUCUGGCAUUUCUGGAUUGAAUGCAUAAGGCACGUUCUAAUGCUCUUUCUCAGUGGUGGCUCCAACAAUAUAUUAAAUCAUAAACUUAAACAAUUUCCAAGUUAUAAAUCGUACAUCAAAAUAUAAUCUUAACCUUUAUAGGCCAUGGAAUGAAACUGUUAUGUAUCUAGAAAAAAUUUGUUUCUCUGAUAUACUUUCCAGUUACUAAACCAUCAAUGGCACAUUGCUUGGACAGUUGUGUGACACCGUUUAUAGAUCAUCCCACCCAGACUUUUUUUUUUUAAUCCGUCACCUUGCCUAGAUCUUAUGUAAUAUUUGUUUUAAUUUCAAGCCACUGAUCAAAUUUCUUACUAGUAAGAGAAAACCAAUGCUUUAUGCCCCUGUCGAAACCUUUCCACCCAUAAAUGCUCUACUGUGCCUUGCUGCAAUACACCUUUGAGUCUGUCAUUUAGUUCGGCUUUAAAAUAACGCUGAGUUGCUUGUGUCCAUACUAUGAACAACUUCCACUAUCUCGUGGGGAGAUGUAUUUUUACUGCUAUAAUCAAUUGUCCAUUAGUACUUUGAUGCCGUUGGAAAAUGGGAAUCCAUCAAGAUACCUGGUUAAAGAGACCUGCACAAA